AUGGUCAAGAUCGCCUCCGUCGCUGCCGCUGCCGUCGUGCUCGCUGGCUCCGCCUCCGCCCUGGCCACCAUCAACACCCCUCCCUCGAUCACCCAGUGCCAGCCCGCCUCGCUCCAGUGGUCCAACGCCCAGGGUACCGUUCGUAUCAACGUUCUCCCCGGUGGCCAGGUCUCGGCUGCUCCUAUCGAGUCGCUCCCCAACCAGUCUGGCGCUUCGGGCAGCUACGCCUGGACCGUCAACAUCGCCUCGGGCACCAACAUCACCCUUGCCAUCACCGAUGACACUGGUGCUACCAACUACGCCUCGCCCCUCGUCGUUCUCUCGUCGUCCGACUCUUCGUGCAUUGGCGCUGCCGCUACCGGCUCAUCGGCCUCGAGCUCCGCUACCUCGUCGGCCGCCUCGUCCUCGUCGUCGAGCCGUGCUGCCAGCUCCACCGUGACCAGCUCGGCUGCCAGCAGCUCUUCGGCUGCUCAGUCCUCCACCUCGAGCCGCGCCUCCAGCUCUUCGGGCAGCGCCGCCCCCGCCCAGACCUCGUCGGCUUCCAACGGUGCCGCCGCCUUCUCGCCCGCCACCGCUGGUCUCUCGAUCCUCGCUGCCGUUGGUGCCCUCGUUCCCUUCCUUUAA